AAUGAGCAUCAGUUGCCAUGUAGCUUUGCUUUGUGUCUCGUGUAGAUAAAAACCGUGGCAGUUGAAAAGUAAAAUCGGGUAAAAGUGCUAUUAUUACGUUAAUCGAUAGUGCGCUGUUAUGCUAGAAGAACUGUAUUAUUAUUAUAGUUGCCGUGACACUGAAAACAAGGACAGAGCUUGUCACCGAAGACCUGCGAAUUUGCCGGUCCGUCGCUCCUCUACCCUCGGCGCUCCAGGGAUGCCCUUAAGGUGGAGGAACCCUGAAGAGGCACUUUCCUGGUCCUCCCCACUACAACUCUGGGCUCCGCCCACAGCCCCCGCCCACGAUGGAGCACAGGAAGCAGCCCCCCUUCCUCGAUGAGCGUCCAGAGGCAGUCCAGAGGGCGUCCUGCUACGGGACAGUGGAGCUGUUUAUUGAGACUCUGACGGGGACCUGCUUUGAGCUUCGGGUCUCUCUCUUUGACACGCUGCUGUCAGUUAAGGCCAAGAUCCAGAGGCUGGAAGGUGUUCCCAUAGGGCAGCAGCAUCUGAUAUGGAAUGGUGUGGAGCUGCAAAAUGACAAGCGUUUGCACCAUUACAGCAUUUCAGACGGAUGCACACUGAAGCUAGUGUUGGCCAUGAAGGGGGGGCCCAUCAGUACCCGCAAAGUGCCCACAGGAGAGAUGAGCCUUGAAGCUCCAGAUGAUGUAGAUGCCAUUCAGGAGGAUGUCUGGGAGAGGAGCCCACCCAACAAGCAGCUGGCUUUUCUGGUGUACUGCCAGGGCGAGCAGAUUAAUCUCUUCGGCAUCGUUGACCGAGGCGAUGGCAUGUUGACCCCUGUACCAGAGCUGUUGAGCACUGGUUCUGUGUAUAACCUCUACACGGAGAAGGCAGAGGAGGACGGGGAGAUCGAAAGCCCUACAGCAGCUCAGCAGACCUUGGAAAACACUGUCACCAUGAAGAAAAUGAAACAGCUGAAGGCCAAGAUGGAGAACAUGAACCUUAGCAGGAAGACUGCAAAGCUGAGAGCCCAUCCUCCAGAGGGACCCUCACCCUGCAGCAGUACCUUUAUCCCUCGCCUGUUCCCUGUACUUCCCCAAAUUGGCCAGCUACUGCCCCCUGCUGGGGGCCCACCUUCAACACAUGCCUCAGUUGCUUGGGAAUGCCCUUUCCUCGGUCAGACGCAGACUUCGUCUAAGAUGUCCCAGCUGGAGGUGGACACCUCCAAACUGCUGAAGGACAGAGUCUUCCCCGAACGACCUAUACUGGGUAGCUCACCAGGGGAGGAGUCCAAAGUGCAGGUGAUAGAUGAUUCAGUUCUGAUGGACCCACUGGCCCUUCAGCAACCAGAACCUCUCUGCUUGGACAGCUCAGCACCCAGCCUGGCCAAUUCAACCCAGACCCCUAGUGGUGCAGCCUCCCUGCUGCCACUGCUUCCCGGGGGUGUGGCCUCCCCGGAGACCCAACCAAUAGGUGCUGAGCGCUGCAAGCUCCCUCCCCUCCACCUUCCCUCAGAGCCGAUUGUUCCCGCCUCCCGUGGCGCCCACCUCGAGUGCAUCCAAGGGGGCCCCCUGCAGGCAGUAGUCAUUCCUGGGAACGGAGGCCAGGACUUUUCUGAGGUGACGGGCCAGAUAUCGCUGUGUCCGAAUCAGGGGACCACGGGGAGCCUGUUGAGGAAGGUGUCCACUGUAGAGGCCGCACAAAUGUCCGUGCCUGGAUGUGCCCGAGGUCCUUGCGGAGUUCCUUCUGGCCCAGUGAGAAGAACAGGCGCCCUGUCGUGCAGUUUGCCGCCGGUGAAGACCCCGGCAGCUCCCAAGAAGAAGAACUCCAAGCACUGCUCCAUGUGCGGGAAGAGAACCGGAUUAGCGUCCAGCUACGAGUGCAGGUGCGGUAACAAUUUCUGUGCAUCGCACCGUUAUCCAGAGGCCCAUGGUUGCAGCUUUGACUACAAGGGCAUGGGUCGCCGCGUUCUGCAGGACAGCCUCCCCGUCGUCAGCGCCCCCAAGCUUCCUAAAAUCUGAGGCUGCUGCACUUGAGUCCCUUUGUGGGAGCCUCAUACAUGGACACAAAAUUAAACAAUUUGACACCAACCAGCGGUUUCUUUACCAACUGAAUCCGUGCCCCUUGUAAAGUGUGAUUCUGUUCCUUGAUGAGUCCGUGCCCCACCUUACCCCAUGGUGUGAUUCUGCCCAUCUGGGUCUGUGCUCCUUCCUGUUUCUAAGGUGAGACUCUGCCCCUCUAAGUCUGUGCCUCUCCUUGUGUCUAAGGUGUGCCUCUGCCCUUCUGAGUCUGUGCCUCUUACCCUCUCUCAGGUGAGACUCUGCCCCUCUGAGUCUGUGCCUCUCUCCCUCUCUAAGGUGAGACUCUGCCCUUCCAAGUCCCUGCUCUGCCCUGUCUCUAUCAUGUGUGAGGUGUGACUCUGCCCCUCUUGAGUCAGUGCCUCACCCUACCCCUAUGAUGUGACUCUAGCCCUCCGAGUCUGUGCCUCUCCCCAUUUCUAAGGUGUGACACUGCCCCUCUGAGUUCUUGGUCCUCCCUGUCUCCAUGGGGUGACCCCACCCUGCUUUCAUAAAUCAACUCUGUAAUGUAUCUGGCACAUGGCUGAAACUGUAGCAUGACAAAUGGUGCAUAGGGACAGCCUGAGUCACCUACUUUUUAAAGAUUUCUUUGCGUUUAGGUUUUUCUCUAAAAUGCACUUUAAUAAUUAAUAUGCAUACCUCUAUUUGACAGUAACUUUAGGGUAUUUUAUGUAUUUCUUUAUUUGGAUACAUCCCAUCUUUGUCUUGGUGUAAAUCCAGCCUUGGAUGAAAGGAGCAGGCAGAUUCUGUUAGCAGCACAGCUGUUUAUUGUCUCAUUAACAACACAUGAAUGCAAUAAAAUGACUAGUGUGUGGAUGUUUGGAAUGUUUUGGGAUAAAAAAACAUGGAUGAAGCCAGUAACUUGCCAUAUAUUUUUUUUUUUUUUGAUGCCAGUUUUUAAUGAGUUGUUUUGCUGUUAAAUAAAAAAUAAACCAGGUGGCAUGUUUUAA